UCAUCAUGGAGUGCAAAGAGAGACUGGUCUGUGACGGCGCGCAAGCCGUGUACAAGUGUGAUGACUGCGAGUCUGUUCAGUGCUCUGAAUGCUUAGAAAGUCUACACGGACUGACGUCCAUAUAUAGGAAACACAAUAUGAGUCGUCUUGACGUGCCCCUCUGUAAGGGCCCUUGCAAUCCCAAGCAACAGGCGGCCAUGCUAUGUACGGUCUGUAAAGCCAAGUUGUGUCAGAGUUGUGAUGAGAAGGUACACAGCGGUCGCAGAAGCGGCCACGAGCGAGUAGCAAUGGACGAUUGCGUCAGCACUGCUAGUGCAGAGUCAGCAGCUCGUGCAAAUGAGACGAGAGCGCUUGGUGUUGACGUUCAAACGAGCGCAGUGAAGGUUCCUUUAAAUCGAAAGGAGACUGCAACUUCUCAGAUUCAGGAAGUAAACGACACGAAGCGACGUGAAGAAGUCCAGCAAGUCAAGCCGCCAGGGGAUUCCCCUCCACAAGCUUCGGAUCUUCUCAUCAGUUUUGACAGUCUCACCCCGCUGACAGCGGCACAUGCUAACUCACAGCAUUCAACAAAUCUUGAUUUGCUCGGCUGGGAUAGUAAUGCUGUAGACCAUUUGACUAGUGCAACUCCUGCUGUUGAUACUGCUGCAAGGCCAACUGUGUCAUCUUCAUCACCAGAUCAACGGUCACGUGACUGUCAAAGUCUGCUGUUAGUCAAUGAGCAAGAGCAGCUUAUGGUUGACAGUGUUGAGGAAUUAGUUACGAAACUAGACAUCGACCCUUCUGAUUGUGUCAAGGUUGUUUCCAUAAUUGGCAAUACAGGCGAUGGCAAAUCACAUACACUAAACCAGGCUUUCUUCAAUGGUCGAAAUAUUUUCUGCACAUCUCCCCAUCAAGCUACGUGCACCAUUGGUGUGUGGUGUGCGUAUGAUCCUAACAAACAUCUGUUGUUCCUCGAUACUGAAGGCAUGCUGGGUUCAACUUCACGUCAAAAGGAACGCACUCGCUUACUUCUAAAGAUUCUUGCCAUCUCUGACAUUGUGAUUUAUCGUACUAGAGCCGAACGACUUCACAAUGACAUGUACCACUUUCUUAGUACUGCAUCACAAUCUUAUAAGAAGUUCUUUGCCUCUGAGUUAGCAGCUGUUUCAGAAACAUUGAAGCUUGAUAAGCAGCAUUGUGGUCCGAUUGUAAUCAUUUUUCAUGAGACCACACACACAGUUUUGCUUGGUCAGGGCGAAUUUCCUCAGAUGACGUCGAAGUUGAGACCUUCUAAUGCCAGCAAGCUGUUGCGGCAACGAUUUGACGAGCUAAAGCAGUCUCCUGAUGCUUUCAGUGCAUUGCAUUAUAUUGGUACUCGAACACAGACUGAACCUACUGACUUCAAGACAUUGACGAAAGCAGUUACGACGCUGGCUCAUGACAACAGUGUGCGAUCCCCACGGCGUAUUGAAGUAGUUUACCAAAGCUUGCUGGCGCUCAACUCUAAGUUCAGUCAUACCUUGCCAAACGAAUCUCCAGUUGGCUUUGCAGAUGAGUACUUUACUUGCCAACAGAAAUGUUUGGUUUGCGAAAAGCGUUGUUCAAUACCAAUGAAUCACGAGAAAGAUGACAUUCCACAUGAACCACAGGGCAACAAGCCAUGUUUGUCUAGCCACGAUUACGAUAACAAAACUUACAUUUGCCAGACAUGUUACAAUGAUCGUGGAAAGAAACAGACGGUACUUCCUAAAUCAAUUAGUUCAAAGGAUUCCAAUUUGGUUGGUCUGAUGAAGUAUGCCUGGUCAGGAUAUAUACUUGAAUGUCCUCAGUGUGGAAUUAUCUACCGAAGCAGGCAGAACUGGUUUGGCACUACGCUUGGACCGAACGAAGCAGGAGCAGUUCGAACAGAAUAUCAACACGUUUGGAAUAAGUCUGAACACAGUGGCCAAGGAACACACAAUGCUGCUCGAAGACUCAUAGAAACUGUUAGUACAGCAGCAACUAGCAUGGGACGCUUGACAGCCCCUGCAGCGAGCGCCAUGUCUGAAUGGGUUAAUGACAAGGUAGCACCGUCUUACUGGGUGCCGAAUUCCCAACUGAAAGCUUGUCACAUGUGUAAUAUUCAGUUCAAUUCUGAUGCAACAAAGCAUCACUGCCGAGCUUGUGGUAGGGGAUUCUGUUAUCGUUGCUCAAGCAAGAGUUACCCAGUACCAUCACAUGGCUGGGGAGACACCCCUGUUCGUGUGUGUGACAAGUGCUUCGAAAAACUCCAAAAAGAAACCGAGACAGACACCAAAGAAGGUGUUGAAGGCAGUCAACAAAGUGGAGAGUGUGAACCUGCACCUGCAGACGUUAUGGCUCGAAAAGUCACAGAGGUCGUCCGUUCGGCUGUAGGUGUCGUUGCUACUGCUGUAGGAUACUCCAAAGAGUUAAUCACUGAUUCAGCAAGGCCUGAAUAUUGGGUUCCAGACGCAGACAUCACCAACUGCACCGUAUGCAAUACAGAAUUCACAGAGAAGGCAAGUAAGCAUCAUUGCCGUUCGUGUGGCAAGGGCGUCUGCGACAAGUGCUCAAGCAGUCGCUAUCCGGUACCAUCUCGUGGCUGGGACGAAGAAGUUCGGGUGUGUGAUACAUGUGUCAAGAAGAAUUACGGGAACAAAAGAAAUUCAAAAGGAACUGACUAAUUGCGCUAGGUAGCUUGUUUUGUAUAAUAUCAUUUACAAUAAACUAGCGUUACUGCUCUUGUUGUUGA